AUGGUGAACACCCGGAAGAGUGCGCUGCGCCUCCUGGGCGGGAAGGCGGCCGGGCCUGGCGGGGGCGGGGGCGUCGGAGCGCCCGGCGGGGGUGCCGGCGCUGCAGCUGGGCCCGGAGGCGGGCACUUUAUCUCGUCCCGCACGCGCUCCUCCAAGAGCCGCGCGGCAGGGGCCAAGGCAGGCCCGGGGGCGGCGGCGGGAGCCGGAGCCGGAGGGGACCUGGACGACUCCCGGAACGCCGAUGCCGAUGGCAGCCUGAGUGACGGCCACAUAUCUCCGCCGGCUAAGCGCACACUGAAGCUCACCGAUGCCCUCUGCAAGGACAAACCCAAACCGCGAAGUCCUGGCCAGCGGGAGGAAUGGAGCCUUGCAGCUGGCCAGUCCAGGUUAACUUCUCAGCCCGGUGCUACAUUACCCAACGGACAUAGCAGCUUAGCUCUUCGAAGCCAUCCCCUCCGAGGGGAGAAGAAGGGAGAUGGGGACCGCCCUUGUAUGAAUGGGGAUAUGGAAGUCAGGAAAAGUUGUCGAUCCAGGAAAAACCGAUUUGAAAGCGUGAAUCAGAGUUUAUUAUUUGAUCAGCUCGUCAACAGCACCGCCGAGGCCGUUCUGCAGGAAAUGGACAACAUCAACAUCCGGCGGAAUAGGCGAUCGGGUGAAGUGGAGAGGCUGCGCAUGUGGACCGACACGGAGUUUGAAAACAUGGACAUGUACUCAAGAGUGAAGAGGCGAAGGAAGUCCCUGAGGCGAAACAGCUAUGGCAUCCAGAACCAUCACGAAGUGUCCACCGAGGGAGAAGAGGAAGAGUCUCAGGAGGAAGAUGCCGACCUAGAAGUGGAGGAGGCCGAAGGCGAGGAGGAGAAUGACCGGCCUUACAACCUGAGGCAGCGGAAGACGGUGGAGAGAUACCAGGCUCCGCCCAUAGUUCCAGUUCAUCAGAAAAAGAGGGAGAACGCCCUGUUUGACAUCCACCGAUCCCCAGCGAGAAGAAGCCAUAUCAGGAGAAAGAAACACGCCAUCCACAGCAGCGAUACGACGUCGUCCGAUGAAGAACGCUUUGAGAGGAGGAAGUCCAAGAGCAUGGCCAGAGCCAGAAACAGGUGUUUGCCGAUGAACUUCAGAGCGGAAGACUUAGCGAGCGGCAUUCUUCGAGAGCGUGUCAAGGUGGGGGCCAGCUUGGCGGAUGUGGACCCCAUGAUACUUGACAAGUCGGUGCGUUUUGAUAGUAUUGGAGGAUUGAGCCAUCAUAUUCAUGCACUAAAAGAAAUGGUGGUGUUUCCACUACUGUACCCCGAAAUCUUUGAGAAAUUCAAAAUCCAGCCUCCCAGGGGCUGCUUGUUUUAUGGUCCUCCCGGCACCGGGAAGACGCUGGUGGCCAGAGCGCUGGCCAACGAGUGCAGCCAGGGAGACAAGAAGGUGGCUUUCUUCAUGCGCAAAGGAGCCGACUGUCUGAGCAAGUGGGUCGGGGAGUCCGAGCGGCAGCUUCGCCUGCUUUUUGACCAGGCCUACCUGAUGAGGCCCUCGAUCAUCUUUUUUGAUGAGAUCGACGGCUUGGCCCCGGUUCGAUCGAGCAGACAAGACCAGAUCCACAGUUCCAUCGUGUCAACCCUCCUUGCUCUCAUGGACGGCCUGGACAACAGGGGGGAGAUUGUCGUCAUUGGUGCUACCAACAGGCUGGACUCCAUUGACCCCGCCCUCAGGAGGCCUGGCCGCUUUGACCGCGAAUUCCUUUUCAACCUGCCUGAUCAAAAGGCCCGGAAGCACAUUUUGCAGAUCCACACCCGGGAUUGGAGCCCCAGACUGUCGGACCCCUUCCUUGGCGAACUGGCUGAGAAAUGUGUUGGCUACUGCGGCGCCGACAUCAAGGCCCUGUGCACGGAGGCCGCCCUCCUGGCCCUGCGCCGGCGCUACCCGCAGAUCUACGCCAGCAGCCACAAGCUGCAGCUCGACGUGUCCUCCAUCGUGCUCAGCGCCCACGACUUCCAGCACGCCAUGCGGAACAUCGUGCCCGCCUCGCAGCGCGCCGUCACGGCCUCGGGCCAGGCCCUGUCGCCCAUCGUGCGCCCGCUGCUCGAGAGGAGCUUCAACCACAUCCUGGCCGUCCUGCGGAGAGUCUUUCCUCACGCCGAGAGCGGCCCGGCCGACAGGCGCGAAGACGCGCAGAGCCUCCUCCUGGACGACAGCGACGACGAGAACGCUCUGUCCAUCUUCGAGGCCGGCUGUCCCUCUGGAUCACCAAAGAAGGCGCCCCCUGCCGCCGCCCAGAAGGCCUACCUGCAUUUCAGCACGUCAGCCUCUCAGCAGCCCACGUCGUACAGGCCCCGCUUGCUGCUGUCCGGGGAGAGGGGCUCGGGGCAGACCUCGCACCUGGCUCCCGCCCUGCUGCACACUCUGGAGAGGUUCUCCGUGCACAGACUCGACCUCCCUGCGCUUUACUCAGUCAGUGCCAAAACCCCCGAGGAGUCGUGCGCCCAGAUCUUCCGCGAGGCCCGGAGGACCGUGCCGAGCAUCGUGUACAUGCCUCACAUCGGCGACUGGUGGGAGGCCGUCAGCGAGACGGUGCGGGCGACGUUCCUGACGCUGCUGCAGGACAUCCCGUCCUUCUCGCCCAUCUUCCUCCUGUCCACCUCGGAGACCAUGUACAGCGAGCUGCCCGAGGAGGUCAAGUGCAUCUUCAGGAUCCAGUACGAGGAGGUCCUGUACAUCCAGAGGCCCGUCGAGGAGGACAGGCUCAAGUUUUUCCAGGAGUUGAUUCUCAAUCAGGCGUCGAUGCCGCCGCCAAGAAGGAAAAAAGCCGCUCUGUAUGCAAUGGAGGUGCUGCCUCUGGCCCUGCCAUCCCCGUCCCGCCAGCUGUCCGAGUCCGAAAAGACCCGAAUGGAGGACCAGGAGGAGAACACGCUGCGGGAGCUGCGGCUCUUUCUCAGGGACGUGACCAAGAGGCUGGCCACCGACAAGCGCUUUAGCAUCUUCAGCAAACCGGUGGAUAUUGAAGAGGUGGCCGAUUACCUGGAGGUGAUCAAGGAGCCCAUGGACUUGUCCACCGUCAUCACCAGAAUCGACAAACACAACUACUUGACCGCGAAGGACUUCCUGAACGACAUCGACCUCAUCUGCAACAACGCCUUAGAGUACAACCCCGACAAGGACCCCGGAGAUAAGAUCAUCAGGCACAGGGCCUGCACGCUGAAGGACACGGCCCACGCCAUCAUCGCUGCUGAGCUCGACCCAGAAUUUAACAAACUUUGUGAGGAAAUCAAGGAAUCCCGGAGGAAAAGAGGCCUGCCCGUGACCGUGGAACAGCUCAGUCCCCCCAGCUCCGUGGCACGCAGGACGGAGACGAGAGUGGACGAGGCGUUUCGCAGUAAACAGAGACAUCCCAUGGACGUUUGGCACCACCCUGCAAACAAAUGUGCCUUUCGGGUGCGCAGAAAGUCGAGACGGCGCUCCCAGUGGGGCAAAGGCAUCAUCAAGAAGAGGAAGGCCAACAACCUGAAGAAGGACGAGGACGACGGCAAGUUCGCCGACUACGACAGCCCCGCGGCGGCGGCGGUGGGAGCGGCCGGGGCCCUGGCGGCGGGGAGGAAGCUGCUCGAGAACGGCGAGUUCGAAGGGGGCCCCGAGGAGAACGGCGAGGAGACGGGGGACCUGUCCAUGACCAACGACGAGUCAUCCUGCGACGUCAUGGACCUGGAGCCGGAGCCCAGGCUCAACAACGGCCCCCGAGCCAAGGAGAGCCACUUCGCCUCCACCGAGGAGGAGAGCUCCAACGAGUCCUUGCUGGCCAACAGCAGUGGCCUCUCCUUGAAGGCCGAACAGAUGCCCAAAGAGGAGCCCUUCACCAAAGGCCAGGGCUGCCUCAACGGCGAGGCCUCCGUUGUCCACAGCCCCGGGAGCCCCAGGGGCCCGGCCGGGGCCGCCGCCGAGGACCACGCGGCCCUCCGAGGGGAGGAUCCGGCCAGAGGAGAAGCGGAGGCGCCCCGGGAGAACACCGCAGGAGAUGCUGAGGCCCCCCAGGACGCCGGGGACGAGAAGGGGGAGCAGAGCCCGGACCCCGAGGGCAAAGACACAGAGCCUGACAAAGAAGGUGCUGCUCGGGGGAAGAGAUGUCGGAAGUUUGCUUUGGAGCCGUCUCGCACAGUGGGCCUGGACCUGGUACCGGAAGAACCCUUGGAGCCCGUGCCCCCCCUGGUAGUGGACCACGAACGGCUGAAGAAACUGCUGGAUUUGCUGGUCAAGAGAAGCAACAACCUGGCUGUGGAUCAGCUCGAGAGGCUCUACUCACUCCUCAGUCAGUGCAUCUACCGCCACCGCAAAGACUACGACAAGUCCCGCCUCGUGGAGGAGAUGGAAAGAACCGUCCAUCUGUUUGAGACGUUCCUCUGAGGUCGCUCGGAGCGUGCGGGCGGCUCUCCCCAGCUCUCCUCUCCUCUUUCUCCGUGCUGCUCGUGAGGACGGGCGGGCAGCCUUCUCUGAGCCAUUCACUUUGUGAUCGCACCAAGCCUGUGUGGAGCCUCGGUCUGGGCCAAAGCGCUCGCUCCCCUCUUUCCCUCUGUUGCAUUUGGUGCUAUUGUCUCAGGUACCUGAAACCAGCCAGCCUACAAGAACCAAACCGAUCUUCGGGCACACGCUGUAUUUUCCACAGACAAAGACUACGAUGUCACCGCGUGGAGAUCUUGGUGCUACAGAAUCGUGCUCCCUCUGCUCCGGCUUGCGUCGGGGCGGGGUGGCGCAGCCCCGUUGGGUUGUGGGAACAGCGGGCAGCCGUGGGUUCUGCGUGUCCCCUCCCCCUGCCCGCGCGCCCCCCCGUCUCUCUUCCCAUUUGCUACAGUGUAUUCUGGUGGGUGGGACGCUGGGGAAGCAGGACGUGAUGAGAAGAGGCUCUCUCGGACCGCCUUUAAUGUGCCUUUUAUUCAUUGGAUAAAGAGAAGGUUACAGCCGUCGGGGUUCAUAGCAGACGACCGAGACGACGCGGGGGGAGCUCCGCGGGAAGGUGCUCCGGAGCCACUUGACUUACCAAAAUGGCGGCCGCGCUUCCCAUUGGGUCUGUCCUUUCCAGAAAUGUUCCACUGGAAAACCAAGCAAAAUGACUCAAGCUCUUUUCUGCAUUCGUCGCUGACCGCGAUGACCAGAAGCUAAACUGCUCGGGCCUGGGUCCGUCGUCUCCGGGACGUCUCUGUCAGUUGUCCAACACAAGCGAAUUCCUCCCCCGAAGCCAGGCCUUGCCAGGCGGACGGAGAGAAGAGGGGAUUGGCCCGCCGGGUGUGCCGAGCGUCGGCGGCGUGUCCCGCCCGUUUUCUGUCCGUCCCCAUUGCACGGAGGCUCCGAAGGCACGGUCUAGGCACGAACAGUAUUAAUCAGAAAUCGAUUGUCCCCCUCGUCCCCGUGUCAUCCCCAUCCCCCGAUGUAAUUGUUUCGGGCCCAAUUUGGAUCUCAUUCACGAAUCGGUAUGGAUUGUAGCUCUUCAGAGGUGGCUGGGGGUCAGGACGGGGUCCGCGUGGGCCGUCCGGACGGCGUCACCUCCUUCAUCAGCGUCCUUCACCCACAGGUGCAGCUUUCCCAUAUAUGCAACACACGGUGCGUUUGGGCUCCGUCCGCGCGCUCGGUCGCGGAUGAGCGCGGAGACGACGUGGGGCGACCUCGGCUUUUUGUAUUACCACCCGCAGUGUUUACAGAGCCCAGGCCGAGGUCCCCGCCGUUCUGCCGCCGCCGUCCCGCCGCAGCGCGCCUUCCGGAGGGAGCGCAGCCAGCGAGGUCCGCGCUCGCGCCUCGCUUUCCCUUUCCCGAUGCCACUCGUUUCCUUAAUAUCUGUUCCUAAGAGACAAAGACUUUGUAGCAUUCACGGCCCGACGUGCGCCCCGUGUCAGAGCACUGUAUUCUGUAGGUGGGUAAGUGCGAUUAAAUCAGACCUUCGGAGGGGGGCCUCGGCGAGCUCCCGCACGUUCCCAGGACGGCUUCGUGCUUUCUUUCGGCUUCCUCCCCACUGUCCCGUUCCAGAUCUUUUCCUGUCUGAUCCAUUCGCUUUUUGUAUUUCCAUGACAAUUGUUACAGACUUUGAAGAUUUGAUGAAAUAAAAUGUAGCAGCUUUUUGUAGCAAGUUUCUGGUAAAAGGGUUUUGGCAAGUCUCAGGUUCUUGCUGCAGUAUUUUUUGGAAUAUUUAUUCCUGUUUCACCAAUUCAGAAGCGUCCUGUUCCAGCAGCGGCCGAGCUGGCGAGAGGCGGGAGUGCCGGCCCUCGGCCAGGGAGUCCGGCGAGGGACCGCCGUGUGCCGUGUGCCGCCGCCGCCGCUCCACAAGAUGGACUUUGUCUUUUGUUUUCACCCCCACCUUCUCCUUAGACGGGGGAUGGAGAGAGCCGCCGCGGGCGGUCCUCGGGAAGAUCCCACCCACGUGGGGGCGUCCACGCGGGAGCUUCGCCUUCAUCCGGCAACGGCUUUGUGCGGACGGACCUCCGCGCUCACUUCCGCCGACGGAAAGGACACGACGCGCUCGCUCUGGGGCGGUCCCGGGGGUUCCAAGUUCGAAUCUCUCCUGGCGUUCAUUUGGGUUGUUGCGUCCUUUGUAUUGUUACUUGAUUUUUUUUCUCAUAUGCCAAUGUAUUUAUAGUUUACUGGAUGGGGGGCGGGGGGUCGUGGUCACGCCUGGUCUUCCCAUUCCUCGAUUAAGUUGGUGAAUCGGCCGCGGAGCCAGCCCGGCGUGGCUUCUUCCGCGUCGGGCUCUGUAGCUGGAUCCUGUUCUCAUCAUUCUAAGUAUAAUUCUUAUUUGUAAUCACAAAGUAAGCUUGAAUUCGGGCUCGUACCUGCCUCUUUUGUACUUUCUACGUUGCUUAUUUAGACUCUGGGCGUCCUGUCGUCGGCUUCUGUUCUGUCGUGUCUGCUCGGGACCGGAGCAGGCCUCCUCCGUGACGGUCUCUUCUGGGUUCUCUAGUUCGAUUUGGAAUUGUGUUCCAUUGGUGUUCUGCAUUUGGACUUCCUUUUACAUUAGUUUGAAGUAAAUUAUUUAAUUUUUGGAACUUCUGGAAUUUUGAACAUUUACUGUAAUUUGUAAUAUACCUGCUGUGAAAUACUUGAAUAAAGAGGAUAAGAAAAAUCCAGCCGGA